GACUUGACUUGACUUGACUUGACUUGACUUGACUUGACUUGGACUUGACUUGACUUGGACUUGGACUUGACAGUUAGUCCCAGCCAUGUCCUCUCUGUUUUUACGAUAAUAACCUGUUGCAGAAGGUGCAAAAAUAAUACGGAAAGCUUUCCAAAUUCAAAAUAUAAAGUAGGACAGACAGAUUGACUUAAUUCAUUUUUAUACCUUUAUAUUAAAAGUCACUUGUACAGUACAAGUAGUGAAAUUAUUACUAUUUUGAAGAAUGUCUUUGUAUUUCAUCCUAGAAGCAGCUCUGGGACUAUGUCCAUUGUUAAAAAUGCUGUACACAUUUUUAAAAAACAGUUUACAUUUACUUGUUCCCAGGUUUUAGUGCUUCUACAUCUAAGUUUCUUCCUCAUGCCAUCUCAGGGAGUUUUUCUUUGCCACAAUCGUCCCUGACUUGCUCAUUAUUAAUAGGCUAAUAGGCACUAGUUUAUAAACUUGAUUUAAAAUUUGAUUUUGAAACUUGUUUUGUCUCUGUAAAUCUGCUUUUUUUUUUUAGCGCUAUACAACUUAAACUUCAAACUGAAUAAAAGGGAAAUAACACUGACAUUGUUUUACAUGCUUCCUUUGAAUAUUAAAUAGAUAAAGAUGAGACUCUAAGAUAAGAUAAAAGAAACUAUAAAGGCCUGAGUUGUCUUUAUGAUUUCACCUUUUUUUUUUGUAUAUAAGUAACUGUUAUAACACAACAGAUUGAAAACAAAGAUGGAAAAAAAAACUAACAAAUUUAACAACAAAAUCUUUACUGUAUGUCAGAAAGAAGUGAGCUUCAUGCAAAUCUGCACCACUGAUAAAUGCAUAAUUAUGAUAAAAAGAGGAAAUGACAGAACUGACAAAAAAAAAUAACCAAAAGUAGAAGUGAUAAUGUGUAGAGCGAUCAGUUGAACUUUCUCCGGUGGGGAAACAUUUUAGGGAAAGAAAAGUGAAGCUGAAUUUCAUUCCGGGAUGAAGAUCGUCCUUAUCUUCAUAUUGUACCUAAUCUCAGGUCCAGUAAACUGCUCCGAUGUGAUCGGUUACUCAGGAGGCAGCGUCAUUAUAAUUUUGAACAUAAACUGGUACACAAAUGAUAUGAAAUAUAUUUGUAAGGUGAAAGGAAAUGACUGCAGUGAUAUAAUACGUGCUGACACCAAACUCAGCCAAGUUCAAAAUGGAAGAUUCCUUUUGUACGCAAACACAUACAAAUUGUUCUUAGUAUUGAUCAGAAAGCUGAAGCCACAGGAUGCUGGAACAUACAGAUUAGGAUUGGGGGAUAUGAGCAGUGCCACUGUGACCCUAAAAGUAUAUAAUAAAACUCAAUGUGGGGUGCCAAAAAUAAUGAGCGCUUAUCUUGGACAAAAUAUCACCAUCAACUGUAACUAUCCAGAGGAGUAUGAGAGAAACACAAAGAAUCUUAUCAGACUGAAUGAUGAUAGUUUUAUUCAAGAUGUUCUUGAUACUAACACAAAUUUUCAGAACGGCAGAUUCUCCAUUUCUGAUAAUACAAGUGCUAAAGUUUUCAGCGUGAACAUCAGCAACGUGGAAGAAAAUGAUGAAGCGUUUUAUUUAUUUGGAGUUUGGAAUCAAGAUGUGGGAGUGAGUUAUUGGACAAUCUUUGCACAGAUGUGGCUACAGGUUACAGCAACAUCCGAAAGCUCCCUGGUGGCAUUAGAAGCACCGCCCAAACCUGCUCUGUGUUUCAGUUCCCCUUUAUUCAUCACUGUGUGUGUCUGUGGGGCUCUGCUGCUGAUUGGAGGAUUUGCAUUGAUGAUUUCCAAACUGAGAUACAAAAAAAUACAAGAUGAUACUCCUUCAUACAAAAAUACAGACAAUAGACCAGUUACUUCUGAUCGUAACACUGAUUCUGUUCAAUUUUAUGAAAACUUCAACCUGAGCACAGUAUGUACCAAUACACCAACCAUUUCCUGAUGUCCUGUUACAGCUGUUGAUCUCUGCUAACCUUAAUGUUCUGUGUAGCC